CACCACCAUUAGAAUAUCUUCGCCCCGCUCACGCCAUUUUUUCUUGUCUGACGGUACAUCCUGUCUGUGUUUCCCCCUCUCCUGCCCCUGCUGCGCUGUCGCCACUGCCAUAAGCGUCAAGGUAAAACUCGAUGACGCGGCCACACAGCUCUGAGAAGGUGCGAACACACACACACAACACACAACCCAAUACAUCGACCAAAGGAUGCAUCUGGAUUGAUGGACACAUCAUACCUACCUCUCAGUGUGGCGAUGGGCUCACUUAUCUCCUCCUCUCUCCUUUGCCCCACCGCAUCCACGGCCAUCUCAUCAGCUCCCGCUGCAGCGGCCGGUGCGUCCCCCUCGCCCCGGUCCUGGCCCUCUCCCACCUUCCUGCCCUCGACCCUCCGGCGCUUGGGGCUUGAUCCCGCCCCCUCAGUGCCACCCAUGGCUCGCGCGCUCGGACCCUGUUUGCCCUCCUGCGCAAUCGAGGUCCUGCGGGUCACGUCAACGCCAUUCUGCGCAAGCAGCCUGCAGCACGUGGCAAGGCAACUUAUAAGAGAUGGACAAGGCGACCCAUGCUGGUCGGUCUUGUUCAGUCAGCACCUGAUUGCCUCCCAGAUGUGUUGGUCAUCGAUAGCCAGCCCCUCGCACGGCCGGUCCUCCGAGCGGGUGGCCAGCACCCGGCCAAACUCCUCUGUCUGGGCGAGCCUCUUGGUGACGAUGACGGCUGCCAGGCAGACCAGGUCUGGGGGGUAGUGCACGAACAGAGAUGAGCAGAAUAGGUCGUUGAUGAGGGUCCAGGCUAGAGAGGGGAUGAGGGAGUGGCUGCCAGUGGUCGACAGCCCGCUGGAGCCGUCGAUGCGGCCUGCACCCAUCCAUCCAUCCAUCCAUGACCCCCCACAUGCCGUCUGGCGGUGUGCAUUCAUUGUGUGGGCACCCACCCUCCCAGCCGCCCACCGAGCAUGACGGCGAGGUUGAGCAGCAGUGUGUAUGCCUUGGUCAUGUCGAGGUCAAAGGAGAGUGUGCGGAUGACCAUCUGCUCCAAAUGCAGCGCCUCGUCACGGCUCUUCCAGUACUGGACGACAGACGGACAGACAGACAGACAGACGGACACACACACACACACACACACACACAUGGCAAAUGCACACCUAGAUGGGCGACUGAGUGAGUACUGCUUGGUACCUCCUCCAUCUGGAGGGUCUUUCCCUUGCCGUCCGUGCGAAAGUGCUCACAGCAGUUGAUGAUUUCUGACAUAUCACAAUCACACACACCGCAGGGAACCAACACAGCGUGAGUGCAUUUCUCUCGCAACUGUUGGCUUCGUGCUUGUGUGUGUGAAGCCUACCUACCUCUGAGUUUCUUGCCGUCCUCACACACCUUGGCCGCCAGGAAGAGGCACGGAGGCAAGAUGCGCUGCACACACCACACGGACCCACCACCACGGGCAGCAUACAGUCAGCCACGUUGCUGCCUGCCUGUUGGUUGUGCUGUGCCCACCCAUGCAUCGAGCUCUGACGGCUCUCUCAGCGUGUAGAAGCGCUGGAAGAACAGCAACGCCGUCGAUAUGCUCGGCUGCUCCCUGACGCGCACACACACACACACACAACCAACACACGCACACAACCAACACACGCAGAGAUCUGUGCACAGAGCGCUCCAGCGGCGGGUGAGGUGAAGCAGCUCACUCACAUCCUGAGGUCCAUGGCAAUCUGCUGUAUCCUGAGGCCGAAUUCCCGCCUGAACGCCGCCAGGCGCCUCUCACGGGCAUCGUCCCAUCGGUGAAGGCGAUGCGAAUGGAACUCCAUGUUUGGCAAGCUGGAAGAAACCUGCGAAGGUCACUGUAAGUAGCUAUGAAAUA